AUGUCAACAGAACAACAAAAUAUUGAAUCAAUCACAAACACAGAUGUAGCAACUGAAGCCACUAACACUGCUACUAAUACUACAUCAACAUCAACAUCAACAUCAACUGAUAAUACUUCAGCUUCAACAUCAACAACCACUGCACCAACUACUUCAUCCACUGAAAGUACAUCAUCAAAUGGUCAAACUACAACUGCAGCUGCUAACACAACUACAUCAACAACAGUUUCAACCAACUCACCACCAAACAAUAAAAGAAAAGAAGUUGAUACUACUCAACCACCAAAAUAUAUUGAAACUAGAAUUAGAAAGAAGGCUAGAGAAGCUUUAGAUUUAAUUUCAAAUACUAAACAAAGACAAGCUUCUUUAUUUAAUUUACUUGGUAAUGAUUACACUGGUCCAACUGAACAACAAUUAGAAAUGAUUUUUAGAUUAUUCUCUAGAAAUGGUAAAACUAUUGGUGCUGAUGAAUUAAAAUCUGUUAUUCGUGCUAUGGGUAAAAGACCAUUAACAAGAAGAAUUGAUAAAAUUUUAAAUGAAUGUGAUGAAAAUGGUAAUGGUACAAUUGAAAUGGAUGAAUUUGUUAGAUACAUGCAAAAGAAAGCAAUGGAAAAAGCAAAGACAUUGGGUUUAUUAGGUGAAUCAGAUGAUGAUGAAGAAGAAAAUGAAGGUGGUGAUACUGAUGAAGAAAAAGAAGAUGGUACUCCAAAGAAAAGAGCAGCAAAUGCUAAACCAAAAUCAAAGAAAUCAACUAAAAAAGCCACCACCACUGCUGCUGCAACCACCACCACUGCUGCUGCUACCACUGCCACCGCCACUACCACCACUGCCACUACUGCACCACCAAAAUCAGUAAUGAAACAACCAUCAUUCUUUCAACCAAUUAAAAAAGGAUCAAGUAUUGUUCAUUAUUAUACAGAGAAUGCAGGUACACAUAUUAAUACCAAUGUUGAACUUGAUCAAUAUUCAAAUCCAAAAGGUGUUGAACAUGAUUUAGGUGUUGAAGGUGCAUUCACACAAUUUACAAUCCUCAUUGGUAGAUUCUACAGUGCAUCAGACCUUGAAUGUAUUAAAGAUUUGAAAUCCAAAGGUUUCCAAAUCGUUGAAGCACUCACUCAAAAGGAUUUCAUUAACAAGUUACCACAAUCUGAUAUUGCAUUGAUUAUCUCUGGUUAUGUCAAUGAUAAUAGUACAACUGAACAAGAGUUUGCUGAUAAAGUUGAAGAAUAUCAUAAGGUUGGUAAAGGUUUAUUCAUUUGGAAUGACAAUGCACCAUAUAUUUUACAAGGUAAUUGGGUGACAAAGAGAUUAUAUGGUGUAGUUGCCGAUGGUAACGAACCAGGUAAACAAGACCUUACACUUGGUAAUGGUUUGGAUAAACAACAUUUCUCAAGCCAUUUGGUUACCAGUGGUAUCGUUAAUCUCUACGAAGGUGUCACCAUCUCCUCAUUCGCUGAUAUCACCCCUGCCAAUGGAAAAUUGGAGGUUUUAGCCUCCUCUUCCCAAGGUAAUAAAAUCAUGUUGGUCAGUUCAACCGAUCCAACUAAAGUCGACGCAAAUUGUGGUCGUGUUGUCAUUGAUAGUGGUUUCACUAAAUUGUUUGCUCAAUUCUUUUCCGCUGGUACUGGUCGUUAUGUAAAGAAUUGUUGCGUUUGGUUAUUGGCUUUAGAUCAUCGUUUCCGUUUAGGUGUUGAAGUUUCUGGUGAAAUUGAAAAACCAAAGGAAGUCCCAGUAUGGCAAUAUUUACAUGGAACUUGGAAUGACUAUGAUAAUGAUGCUAGUAAAGUAGUAGAAGAAGCUUAUCAAGAAUGGUUAACUAAUCCAUAUACUGAUGUUCGUUCUGUUAAAUCUGGUGCUUGGGCUUAUCAAAUUGAUUUUAAACAAAAUAAACAAACUAAUAUUCAACAUUUUGCUCAUAAAAUUCGUGAUAUUAGAAGAGUUUUAAAGAAUGUUGUUAAACCAACAAUUAAUUAA